AUGGUGCUGAUCAGUGGCUCCUGCAGCUUAGACAACAUCCAGUUGGGGUUCUUCAACGGCUGCUCAAGCACAUACCGUGCUACACCGCCAUACACCGCUUCAGGCACCGAAACAAGUGCCAUUACCGCCAUUGUCGAUGACACUUCUGCGGGCUUGUCCAAGGCUUUUGAUGGAUUAGACAGGGUUCCCACUGAAGCUUACAGGGAUCAGAAAAAUGUUGCCUCCACUGUUGUGGCCGGUGUCGCAGCUGAGGCGAGGUCAUUGCUCGGCAUAUUCUCUCACCCUCAUACUACGUCUGUCAAGGCCUGGCCUGCUCGCCUGGAUGGCACCAUCUGCUUUCCAGAGCUUGACGACCCGGACUUUGCCGUGCUGGGGCUGGGCGAUAAGGCUCUGAUAGCCACUACCCUGGGCCUAGGCUGUCUGCACGGCUUGCAGCACCUGGGCUUGCUGAACAGGGUCCGCUACCUCAGCGUGAUCUCCGUCGGCCAAGUGGCUGGUUUGACUAGCUAG